AUGAAGAACAUCCUGAGACCAGGAUCCUUCCAAAGUAUCACCAGAGGAAAUUUGUUUAACUACUCUUCGAUGUUCAGAAGCCCAGCCUUCGCUCAAGCAAACCUGCAUGCUGCAAAUUUCAGAAGAAUGUGUACUCUAAAUCUAAAGAACAACCCAGAAAUUGUGAAGACUCUUAUGGACAAUGAUGCUUCUAAGGUCAGGAAUAUUGGAAUUAUUGCUCAUGUCGAUCAUGGAAAGACCACUCUGGUGGACUGCAUGCUUAAAGAGAGUGGUAUCAAUUUUGAGAGUGAGAGAGCCAUGGAUAAUAUUGAUAUUGAACAAGAAAGAGGAAUCACAAUCAUGUCUAAAUGCACGAGCGUUAUCUACAAAGGACAUAAAAUUAACGUAGUCGAUACUCCAGGCCAUGCCGACUUUGGUGGAGAAGUCGAGAGAAUCAUGUCCAUGGUUGAUGGAGUCUGCUUGGUCGUUUGUGCCUCUGAAGGACCAAUGGCACAGACUAAAUUUGUACUUGACAAAGCUCUCAAACAAAACGCGAUCCCAAUUGUGGUCAUAAAUAAAGUUGAUAGAGAAAUGGCAAGAGUUGUCGAUGUUGAAAAUGAAGUUUUUGAUCUUUUCUGUGCCCUAGAGCCAACUGACGAACAACUUGAGUACCCAAUGAUUUAUGCAUCAGCAAAGGAUGGAUGGGCUUCUUUAGAUCCAGAUGAGAAGACAAAUAGCGUAUCAGCUCUUCUUGAUCAAAUCAUCGAGACAGUUCCCCAACCCAAAGUAGAUACAGAUUCUACUGACUUUAAAAUGCUUGUGACACAAACCGAGAGUAACAAAUACUUUGGGAGACUUCUUGUUGGUAAAAUACAGAGAGGGAGCAUAAAAGUUGGAGAUAAGAUACAAGCUGUAGAUUCUGAAGGAAAGAUCGUCCAGGUCAGCUCCAUCUUAAAAAUCUUCAAAAAGUUUGGUGUUGGAGAAGCCCAGAUCGAUGAAGCAUUCCAGGGUGAUAUUGUUUCAAUAGCAGGAGUUGGAGGAGCUACUGUUGGAUGCACUAUUAAUUGUGAAGGAAAUUCAGAGGUGAUUAAGUCAAUUCCAAUCGAUCCUCCAAUGAUUUCUGUCUGUGUUACCUUCAAUGAUUCUCCUUUCCAAGGUCAAGAAGCUGAGAAAAACACAAUCAAUCAAAUCAUUGCUAGACUAAACGAAGAAGCAGAUAAUGAUGUCUCUCUUAGAGUCACUCAAGAUUCUACAAACAAAGAAAUAUUUGAAGUCUCUGGUAGAGGAGACCUUCAUAUUGGAGUCUUACUCGAAAAGAUGAGAAGAGAAGGGUUUGAAAUUGCUGCUUACCCUCCCAAAGUCUUGAUGAAAGAGACCCCAGAAGGACUUAUGGAGCCAAUUGAAAAAGUUGAGAUUGAAUGAGACCCAGACCACAUGUCAAGAAUCAUUGACAAUCUCAACAAUCGAAAGGGUAUUCUGCUAGACUCCCAUUCAACUCCUGACGGAAGAGAUGUGCUUGAAUUUCAAGUUCCAUCAAGAGGUCUCAUUGGAUUCAGAUCCCAACUCAUUGGAGAUACUAGAGGUACUGCAGUCAUGAAGUCUGAGUUCCUUGAGUAUGAUUAUCAUAGAGGAGAUGUCAAAAAGAGCAACAAGGGGGCUAUUAUUUCAACUGCUGAAGGAACCACAACUCCUUAUGCACUCAAGGAUGUCGAAACCAAAGGUAGACUUUUUGUUGGUCCGGGAGAGAGAGUAUACCCAGGAAUGGUCAUUGGAGAGCAUACAUUAGAGUCAGAUAUCGAAAUGAACCCAGUGAAGACAAAGAAAUCUACAAAUAUUAGAUCAGCUGGUACAGAUGAACAAAUAAAACUCAUACCAAAGAUAGAUUUGAGCUUGGAAGAAGCCAUUGCUCAGGCAAGAGAUGAUGAGCUUGUCGAAGUCACUCCUAAAUCUAUUCGUGUGAGAAAAGUUGUACUUGAUAUGAAUGAAAGAAGAAGAAUGAAGAGAAAGGAAAAGAAUAACAAGAGAUAA